GUUGCUGUUGGUGGCUGUCGUGGUGGUGGUGGUGGUGAUUGCGUCUGUGGUUGCAAUGGCCGUUGUUUCUCCCACAUCUCUCGCAUCUCAACUGUCUGGCCCCAAAUCCGCAAUCCCAUCCGCUUCGCAUUUCUCUGGAUUGCGUCGCUCUUGCUUGAAUCUGGACACUUCAUCUUCUACUCAUGCCUUUUUUCAGAAGAUCGACUCUCGCCUCCAAAUCUCCACUAGCCGAAGAGCCUGCAGAGGAGUCGUUGCCAUGGCCGGGUCUGGAAAGUUUUUCGUUGGCGGUAAUUGGAAGUGUAAUGGGACAAAAGACUCUAUCAGCAAGCUUGUUGCUGACUUGAAUAGCUCGAAGAUUGAGCCUGACGUUGAUGUUGUUGUUGCACCUCCAUUUAUAUACAUUGAUCAGGUAAAGAACUCAUUAACUGGUCGGAUUGAGAUAUCUGCACAGAAUUCUUGGGUUGGAAAAGGUGGAGCCUUUACUGGAGAAAUCAGUGUGGAACAAUUGAAGGAUAUUGGCUGCCAGUGGGUCAUUCUUGGGCAUUCUGAGCGGAGACAUGUCAUUGGUGAAGAUGAUCAGUUUAUCGGAAAGAAAGCUGCUUACGCCUUGGGUCAGAAUCUCAAGGUAAUUGCCUGUAUAGGAGAGAAAUUAGAAGAAAGAGAAGCAGGGAAAACAUUUGAUGUCUGUUUUCAACAACUAAAGGCUUUCGCAGAUAAUGUGCCCAGUUGGGAUGAUGUAGUGAUUGCAUACGAGCCUGUGUGGGCCAUUGGCACAGGUAAAGUUGCCACUCCACAGCAGGCUCAGGAAGUACAUGUAGCCAUUCGCGAUUGGCUCAGAAAGAAUGUCUCAGCAGAAGUAGCAUCUAAAACACGCAUUAUUUAUGGAGGUUCUGUAAAUGGGGGCAAUUGCGCUGAACUUGCAAAGCAACCAGAUAUUGAUGGAUUUCUUGUUGGUGGCGCUUCCUUGAAGGGCCCAGAAUUCACUACCAUCGUCAAUUCAGUUACUUCCAAGAAGGUGUCGGCUUAAUGAAUACUGGGUGAUUUCAGUGCUGAAGGAGGACAAUUGAAGACCAUUAGUUGUUUAGUUAUUUGUAUUUGUGGGGUUUUGAUCUCUCCCUUAAGAAGGAAAAAAAAAGGGAAUAAAAAAAAGCUGUCGAGUACGCACUAUGAGUAUUAUACUUCUUUUUGAAAUAAGGCUACAAAUCGUUGUUGAAACGUUUCUUGCUGAAACUUCACUUCUAUUGAGAUCA